AUGGUUGCUGGGGCCAAAGCUCCCGAACGUCUUGUCACCCUCGCCUACAUCCUGCACGGGCUGUGCCUUAUCGCAGCUGGGUGGCUCCGCUCCCCACGACGCUUGUCAUCGCAAAUCCACGUCUACAUAGUAAUGACCCGGAACUCUGGAACUCUCAAAAGGGACGAGUCUAGCAGCCUGCACUUCUCCUUCGAGUCAUUCCUCGCCAUCUACUCCGCCUAUCUCUUCGUCCAGCCAUCUGUGAUAUAUAUUCAUACCGACUACACCCCUCAGGAGGUAGUCAGUGCAGCUCGAAAUGGCUCCUCCUGGACGCGAAAAGUCCUGACUGCCUUUCCAGACACCGUGCGUCUGAACAAGGUGACCGCCCCAACCAAGGCGAACGACCUCGACAUCAAGCGCAUCGAGCACAAGUCCGACUUCGUGCGCCUGGACCAGCUCACCCUCCACGGCGGUAUUUAUCUCGACUGGGAUGUGCUCACCCUCAGGUCCCUGGACCCCCUGAUCGAUUCGGGCUUCAAGGCCGUCGUGGGCCGCCAGUCCGACGCAACCGUCACGAACGGCAUCAUCCUGGCCGCCAGGGACGCGGCCCUGACGCGCAUCAUGAAGCAAGAGACCCCGAAGGCCGUCAACGGCGACUGGGUCUCGCACAGCGUUGGUCUGAUCACGAGCGUCGCGCAGGCCGUCGCCGGCAUCCCGCGGGAGGUGCUCAUCAUGGACCCCGGAGCGUUCGCUCCCUUCACAUGGACCCAAGAGAGCGUCAACGCGGCUCUGGAAAGGCACGAGGGCGACGCGCCUCCCGUCCAGCGGCAAGAUACCCUGGCGGGUCGGGGCGUGUUGGUGGCGGUAGACCCUAUGGCAGUGUGGGAGAAGCACCGGGCGGCUGAGAAGAAAACAUGGGCCCAUGAUUUCAGCGACGCCUUUUUUUUCCAUAAUUACUUCAACGAUGUGGAGAACCCGAGGGGUUUCACUGGAGUCUCCGUGCCGUACGUGUUGGCGCGGGAUAGCAACUAUGCGCUUGCUGCGUGGCCGAUUGUCAAGCAGGGCAUCAAGGAUGGGUAUAUUGAUGAGAAUGAUAGCUCACUCUGA